UCUUAAGCUAAUCAAUACAGAUUCUGAGGGGUGCUGACCCAAUUAGAAAGAUCUCUGAAGGGUGCAAGCCAAUCACGCAAAAAUCAGAAAAAAGGUUUUUCACUAAGCUUUUUGUUAACUCGUAGGUUAAGUGUUCUAAACAUGGCGGAUUCAAUGCUUCAAAUCACUUUAAAAUGUAUUUUAGAUGAAAAUAGGGUUCAAUCAGAAAAGGAAUCGUUUUUAUCUAAUGUUAUUGUCGAAGCUCAUAAUAAGAUUAGAGAAAUAUUUUUGUUUAAUGAAAAAUCUAAAGUAAGUAUAUUGAAUAAAAUAUGCAAAGUUUCAAGUAUGCAGUUUCUCAAUCAUUUCGAGCAGAGAGUGAUUUUCAACCAGUGAGAACUUCUCCAAACGGAAACUGUUUAUUUAAUGCUUGUUCUAUAUCAUUAAUUGGCAACGAAUCUUUGUCAGAAUACCUUAGAUGCCUGACCAGUAUCGAAUUAUAUACAAAUGUAGGUUUUUCUUCAAACCAUCCAAUUAUUUUUUCUCAAACUGAUGUUACCAAAUCUGGAAGAAUUGAUGAAAACACAGCUUUUUUUAUUAUUAUUUCCCAAAAAGCAUAUAACUCUUUUUGUAAAAAUAAUAGAACACUAAGUAUUGUAUCAGAAUCUAUCAAUAUUGCAACAAAUUAUUCUUAUUCCUUGUUUCUUACUUUGUGUGUUCUCUCAAGUGUUGUUGGAAUACCAAUUGAAUCAUAUUAUCCUAUAGAAAAGGAUAGAAAAGAAAUAGAAAAAACUGCUUAUGAAAUAUUUUUCAAUUGUACUGUUAGACCACGUGUUGAACAAGCACAUCUGUAAAAAAAAAUACACAUUCUUUGUUGCUCUUCAGUUAUUGCAGGUUUUAAACAGACCUCUAAUAUAUUUGAAAACAAAGAUCACUUUGUUCCUUUAAUAUCUUUAAAAUGUAUUCCUAAAAAAUACCAAGUUCCUAAUAUUUUUGCACCUAAAGUAGUAAAAUUACCUGAAAUUAAUCAACUUACUUCUUCGAAAUCUAGUAUCCUGUUUCCUGACUCUACUCAGGAAACAGAUAUUUUAGAUCCAGUUAAAAUUCUUUCCACUUUUAAAAAAAGAAAACAACUCACAAUUGAUCAAUUUACUAUUAAGUCACCUUUUCCUACAGACAAAAAAGUUUGUGUUGAAUCUUCGCCAAUCAAAUUAAAAAGUUCUUCCACAUUAUCGAUUGCAGAAUGUUCUUCAAAAAAUAUCCAUUCACCCAGUAAGGCAAAUUUAAACUCUAAAAGUAGUUCUUCUGCUUUUGUAAAUAAAUGUGAACUAUCUUUUGUAAACAAAUACAAUAUCGGGCUCUAUGAAACUUAUGGAAUUAAUAAACUAGGCAAUGAAGAUAAGUAUGAUUUACUAAAAAAUGUUAAUAAACCAAGCUCUAGUUUUCAUUUUGAAUCCAAUAAAUCAGAUCGUUCCUUUCAAUUCUCUUGGCUCUCAUUAUACUCUUGGCUUGCAUAUUUAGAAAUUAAUAAAAGUGCUUAUUGUGUUAAUUUUGUUAUUUUUGGAUCUGAAGAAUCAAGUCAUAAUGCAAGUAAACUUGUUCAGCUUUAUAAAUCUCUAUUUGUGGCAUAUUCAAAGGCCAUUAAUAAUUUUAAUAAACAUGCUGAAAGUUCACCAAUUUACCAAACUGCAACUCUAAAGGCAACUCAUUUUCGCCAAUGUAUGGAGUAAAAGAUAAAUUUUAUUGACUUAAAUCUCAACAGAGUAAUUGAUGAACAAGUCAAGAAAAAUAGAGAAAUAUUAAAACCAAUAGUUCUGAUAAUUAUUAUGUGUGGAAAACAAAACAUACCUCUCCGAGAUCACAGAGAUGAUUCAUUUUACUAUGAGAAUGAAAAUAGUAACUCUGGCAAUCUUCAAUCAAUUUUGAAAUUAAUAUCUGAUUGUGCAGAAAACAGUUUAGUGAAUCGGCGAAUUGCUACUCCAAAAAAUGCUACAUAUCGCUCUAAAACUACUCAAAAUGAAUUGAUUAAUAUUUGUAAUGACAUUAUAGUUGAAAUGUGAAAUUAAAAAAGAUAAAUUUUUUUCAAUAUUAGCAGAUGAAGCAUUUGAUGCAAUAUGGAACAAAUCCCACUUGUAUUACACUUUGUAAAUGAUAAUUGUGAAAUUUGUGAACUAUUUUUUGGCUUUAUUCCUUGCUACUCAGGCUUGUCUGGAGAAGCUAUAGCCAGCCAAAUUUUGAAUAGUAUUAAAGAUUUGGGAUUAGAAAUGAAAUUUUGUGUUAGUCAAGAUUUAUGACAGUGCUGGUAACAUGGCUGGGAACUGUUCCGGUGCUGUUGUAAGAAUAAAAACUAUUUAUCCAAAAGCAUUGUAUGUUUAUUGUGGGUCUCAUGUCCUCAAUCUUUGUGUUGCAAAUGCCUGUAACAUACAAAUAGUUAGCAAUAUGAUGUCAAAUGUUUGUGUUAUAUCUCAGUUCUUUAAUUUUAGUCCAAAGCAUUUUGAUGUUCUGAAAAAAAAAAAAAGAAGAAUUGUUUCCAAAAGCUCAUCACUCUCGUCUAAUAGAUGUAUGUCGUACAAGAUGGAUUGCCAGAAUUGAUGGUUUAGACGUGUUUAUAGAGGUACUUCCUGCUAUAAUUAAAUGCUUUGAGCUAAUGAUUAAUAACGAUGAAAAGUCUUUGAAUCAUGACUCGUGAUGCAAAUAGUUAUUUUUUUGCUACUAGAUCUUUCCAGUUUCUUGUUACUUUAGUAGUGGUGUCUCGCUGUUUGGAAGUAACAAGACCAAUUACAAUCUCCAAGAACAAUUUCAAACUUUGAUGUUUUUGCAUCGCAUGAAAAAGUAAAUUUGUUACAUCUUGCUUUACAGCGACUAAGAUCAGACAUUGAACACAGUCAUGGUACUUGGUAUAGUGAGGCAGUUGUAUUGGCAGCUAGUGUUGGUGUUUAUGAGCACAAGCCUCGUACAAUAGGAAAACAGCUUAAUCGAAAUAAUUGUCCUAGUGAAUCUAUUAAUGAAUAUUACAAGAAAGUUAUUACAAUUCUUUUUCUUGACCAUUUAUCUUCCCAGAUUCAAUUACGUUUUUCUAAUAGAAACAUUGCUGUUUAUAAUGGAUUCUUUGCAAUGCCAACUAACGUUUUAAAUGUUGCUGAAUGGAGAAGCAACUUUCUUCUUUUUUUUAAUGAGUAUGAGGAUGAACUUCCGGAACCACGGUAUAUCAUCAUCAAAUUGAACAUGUGGGAAGAUAAUUGGCGUAGUUUUAAAAAUUCCCUUCCAACUACUCUAACCAAACUCCUUCCUCUUAUUGAUAGAAUAAUGUUUCCUAAUAUAUUUACCUUUAUUCAAAUUCUUGCAACUAUUCCAGUAACAACAUGCACUUGCGAAAAAUCUAUCUCUGUUAUUCGUCGUUUAAAAACCUAUCUACGUAACACAAUGUCACAGAUUUAACAGUCUUGCUUUAAUGCACGUUCACCAAGAUAUCAGCCAUUGAUGUGAAUGAAAAGAUUGAUUGUUUUGCUAGGAAGAAUCCAUGUGGAAUAAAACUUGUAGAUAUUUUAAAUUCUGAUCCAAUUUAAACUGUUUUAUUUAAUAAUAUAAUAUAAAUAUAUUAUUUACUGUUUUAUAUAUUUUAUAGAGUAAUUUAAAUAGUGGUCCUAGAAAGA